AUGACUCACAAAGACUCAAACCCAGGAAAAUCGGCCUUGAAUGGACGUCAGGAACCUAGUGAACCCGAGUUCAACCAAAACGUUCAGUGA